GCAGGGAAUUGGAAGCGACCGUCACGGGGUAGAAUUAACCGGAAAUGGCGAUAGGACUAACUACAUUCGUGAGCACUACCUCUGUCCUCGGAUUCAGCCUGAUUCCCCUAUUAGCGAUCGCGUUGACCGUGUUUCGGUACAAUCAAGCGGACCCAGAAUCUCACCCGACAAACGCGGCCCAGCUGCUGCGCAUGUACGAUUUCAUAGUGAUCGGCGGAGGAAGCGCGGGUGCAGUGGUCGCGUCGAGAUUGUCGGAGGUCGCAAACUGGACGGUGUUACUUUUGGAAGCAGGAGGGGACGAGAAUGAAAUUUCGGACGUACCGUUACUUGCCGGGUAUACUCAGUUAUCGGAUCUCGACUGGAAAUACCAAACUACGCCGCCGUCCGCUUCGGCCUACUGUCUCGCGAUGACCGGCGACAGGUGCAACUGGCCACGAGGGAAGGUGCUCGGUGGCAGCAGCGUGCUGAACGCCAUGAUCUAUGUCCGUGGUAAUCGGCACGAUUACGACAACUGGGCGAGACUGGGGAACGUCGGUUGGAGUUACGACGAAGUUCUCCCAUAUUUCCUCAAGUCUGAGGACAACCGCAACCCGUACUUAGCUAGAACGCCUUAUCACGGCACCGACGGUUAUUUGACUGUCCAAGAGGCGCCGUGGCGGACGCCGUUAUCGAUCGCGUUCCUGCAAGCGGGCCAGGAGCUCGGUUACGAGACCCGCGACAUAAACGGUGCGAAUCAGACCGGUUUCAUGUUGCCACAGUUCACCAUUCGUCGUGGCAGCCGUUGCUCCACAGCGAAGGCGUUCCUGAGGCCGGUGAGGAACAGAGAGAACUUGCACAUAGCGAUGCAAGCACAAGCAUUGCGGGUGCUGUUCAACGGGGACAAAAGAGCGACGGGCGUGGAGAUCCUCAGGGACGGUCAUCGGCAAGUGAUAAGAGUCAGACGGGAGGUCGUGUUAUCAGCCGGUGCGAUCAAUUCGCCCCAACUGUUGAUGCUGUCUGGCAUCGGACCCGCGGAACACUUAGCUGAAUUCGGUAUACCGGUUUUAUCCGAUUUGAGAGUCGGUGACAAUCUUCAGGACCACGUAGGCCUUGGUGGGUUCACGUUUAUAGUGAACGAACCGUUCAGUAUUAGAAAGGAUCGAUUUCAAACGUUUUCCGUGAUGAUGGAAUACAUUCUACGCGAGAAAGGGCCGAUGACCACCCCGGGGGUCGAAGGCCUGGCCUUCGUCAAUACCAAAUACGCUGACAAAUCGAUCGAUUUCCCGGAUGUUCAAUUUCACUUCGCCCCGAGUUCGGUCAGUUCCGACGAUGGUCAAAUUCAGAAGAUCACCGGUCUACGAGACAGCGUGUACAACACUAUGUACAAGCCGUUGAAUCAGGCAGAAACCUGGAGCAUUCUACCACUGUUACUGAGACCCAGAAGUUCUGGUUGGGUGCGUUUGAAGAGUAAAAACCCGCUCGCGUACCCGGAUAUCAAUCCGAACUACUUUACGCACAAGGAGGACGUGGACGUUCUCGUGGAGGGUAUCAAAAUCGCGUUGGCACUGUCGAACACGACUGCGUUCCAAAGAUUCGGUUCUAGACCGCAUACUAUUCGCAUGCCGGGUUGUCAGAGAUACCCGUUUGAUACCUACGAUUAUUGGGAGUGCGCGAUUCGACAUUUUACUUUUACCAUUUACCAUCCCACCGGGACGUGUAAAAUGGGACCAAAGAGCGACCCGACGGCGGUCGUCGAUCCGCGGUUGAGGGUGCGUGGGGUGAAGGGGUUGAGGGUCGCGGACGCGUCGAUCAUGCCAGUGAUAGUCAGUGGAAACCCGAACGCUCCUACCAUAAUGAUCGGUGAAAAAGCGAGCGACAUGAUCAAAGAAGACUGGAUGUACAGGAAGAGACGAUACGUGGGAAGAUGACGAGAAAUUAAUAGAAUAUUUUAAUAUAAUUAACGCUUUG